AUGGACAUGGAUGCUGAGCAUGGGAGGAAAUCAAUGAGAGCAAACCCUCUCCCUCUCUCUUCUCUCCUUUCUUUAAAUAUAUCUCUCCUUCAACUCCCUCUGCUCACAUUAAUACCAACGCCCAAAAGGAAAGAUCACAGAGCCACACUCUCUCAGAAAUUCUCUCCAUUCCUUGAAUUCCACUUUGCCCAAUCUGUUUCAGAGACACACCAAAUGGGCAAGGCCAAGAAGAUGAACCUAACAUCUCUCCUCUUCAAGAACCACAAAGAAACACCAAGAAGCAACCAACCCUGGCCAUUGCAAUGGCCUUCUUGCAAGCACCCCAAGACCCUCUCCUUCAGGGCUGCUGGUGAUGAUGACCAGAUCUUCAAGACGGUCAACUCGGUGUUCCUCGACUCCGAGAUGCCGGAGUCCCUCUUCACCACCACGUCGGAAGAGCCAGAGGAGUCGGCGAGCCUCUCGACUGAGUCUGAUGCGGUGAUCGAUGUGGCUGAGGCGUCAGUUGAGGUGUUGGUGAGGGGCGCGAGGUCGGAGAGGCUCUUCUUUGAGCCAGACGACACGAGCUCGAUCCUGGAGGAGGCGAAGACAGUUAACUUCCCCUUCAAGGAAAGUGUGGUUCUUGCAAUGGAGUCAGAGAAUCCUUACGUUGACUUUAGGCGGUCAAUGGAGGAGAUGGUGGAGUCGCACGGCCUCAAGGAUUGGGAGUGCCUUGAGGCAUUGUUGGGUUGGUACUUGAGGGUCAAUGGGAAAAAGAAUCAUGGGUUCAUAGUGGAGGCAUUCGUUGACCUGCUCAUGAGCCUUGCUUCUGACAAGAGCAACGGUUCCGCUUCAGUCACUUGUUAUUCAUCUGCUGCUUCGUGUUUCUCUGCUUCUAGCCCUUCAUGUUCAUUGAAAGGAGGGAAUGAGAUCUAUGAAGAGGAUGAUGGUGAUGAUGUCUUAGGGAAAAGAUAGAUAUCUGAUCUUGUCAUUGUCAAAAUUUUUGUGUAUAUUACCAGGUAAAGGAACCGGGGAGAAAAGCAUACUUCCAGCCUUUUCAGUUUCA